AGAGAGAGAGAGAGAGAGAGAGGAAGAGAGAGAAAGAUGGGUCUUUUUCUUUUUUCGAAAGACACACAAACAAAUGCAAUUCUUGAUUGAGCAAAACCGAAACGCGACUCCUGGCUGCUCCACAUCAGUCGUCAUCAUCAUCAUCACAAUCACCAUCAUCACAUCGAGAUCCAGAACAAUAACCUAGCGAUUACUCUUCUUGCCGGGCCUGCCAAAAACCCUCUCUCGCUCUCCAUCUCAAAUCCCUGCCCGCAUCUUGCCGUCGAUUCAUUGGAAACGCUUCUUUUCUUUACUGGGCUUUUGUUUCUUUCAUGAAUGCCCCCGAGGGUUUCCGCCAUUAAAUGCGCUAGCUAAAUUUUAAGGUUUUCUACUUUAGAUGGGCGCCGAUACUCGCGCCGUGCUAUGCUUAGUGGUGUUGGGCUCUGAGUAUUAUUUUGGAUACUACAAUUUUCUGCACACGAUUCUAAUCGAGAAUGCCAGCUGAUACUUCCAGAUCGCGACCAGAUCUCGGAACUUCCUGAUCCGGAUGAAUUCAUGGGUUUCUUUCUCGAGCUGGGGCAGAAUGAAUGCGGAGCACCGCUGAGGAGAUGAGAGCUCGAGCAGUGGUCAUGAGCAUUUACUUCUGGUGUUGAAGAAUAUAGCUUCUUGAAAGGGAAUCAGCUCCUCCAUGGAUUGCGCAUUCUGCUUGUUAUAGGUUUUACUUGCCGAAUUUCUGGUUGUUUCUUUGUUGAAUUUGGUGUGACUGAUUGGCAGCAAACUUGAAUUUAGUUGAAGUGUUGUAGUGAUGAUAAAAAAUUUUCUCAAUCGGCUUCCGAAGAAACAUUCCAAGUUGGCUGACAGUCGGGAUGGAGGAUCCUCUACUAACCCUUCAAAUGCUUCGGCUGCUUCAAGAACCGCAUACGCUGGCAAUUCGAACACUGCUGUUGUUCCUGGGAGUAAUUCAGCCUCCAAUGCCGAUGCCGGUUAUGGAUAUAACACUCAUGAUCCAAUGAAUACAACGAUAAAUGGAAAUGCAGGAAUUUGGCCUUUCGAGGCCCUUCCUAGCUUCAGAGAUGUGCCGAAUCAUGAAAAGCAGCAUUUGUUGAUCAGAAAGUUGAAUUUGUGUUGUGUAGUGUUUGACUUCACUGACACCAUGAAGAAUCUGAAAGAAAAAGAAAUCAAGCGGCAGACAUUGGUGGAGCUUGUUGAGUAUGUGGCUUCAGCGAACGGGAAAUUCACGGAAUCUGUUAUGCAGGAGAUUGUAAGAAUGGUAUCUAUAAAUUUGUUCCGUACGCUAUCUACCCAACCACGUGAGAAUAAAGUUUUGGAAGCUUUUGAUUUGGAGGAAGAGGAGCCUUUAAUGGAUCCUGCGUGGCUGCAUCUGCAAGUUGUUUAUGAGUUACUUCUCAGGUUUGUUGCGUCACCUGAGACAGAUGCGAAGUUGGCGAAGCGUUACAUUGACCACUCUUUUGUCCUGAAGCUGUUGGAUCUUUUCGAUUCGGAAGAUCCGCGAGAACGAGAUUAUUUAAAGACUGUCUUGCACCGUAUUUAUGGAAAAUUCAUGGUUCAUCGGCCGUACAUUAGGAAAGCGAUAAAUAAUAUAUUUUACCGCUUUAUAUUCGAGACGGAGAAACACAAUGGGAUUACAGAGUUGUUAGAAAUUUUGGGUAGCAUUAUUAAUGGAUUUGCAGUGCCGCUAAAAGAAGAGCACAAACUUUUUCUUGUUAGGGCACUCAUACCGCUUCACAAACCGAAAUGCAUUGCUGUAUACCAUCAGCAGCUGUCCUACUGCAUAACACAAUUUGUCGAGAAAGAUCGUAAACUUGCAGAUACCAUCAUUCGAGGCUUACUCAAGUAUUGGCCAAUCACAAAUAGUUCCAAGGAGGUAAUGUUUUUGGGUGAGCUGGAGGAAGUGUUGGAGGCAACUCAGCUUCCGGAAUUCCAACGAUGUAUGGUUCCUUUGUUUCACCAGAUUGCUCGUUGCAUGAGCAGUUCGCAUUUUCAGGUGGCGGAAAGGGCACUGUUUUUAUGGAACAACGAUCACAUUGAGAGCCUGAUCAAGCAAAAUCGCAAAGUUAUACUCCCAAUAAUCUUUGCUUCAUUGGAGAGGAAUGGCAAAAGCCACUGGAAUCAGGCAGUACAGACGUUGACACUGAACGUCCGCAAAAUAUUCUCAGACACAGACCCUGAGCUCUUCGAGGAAUGCCUGCUCAAGUACCAAGAAGACGAAGCACAGGAAGAGGGAGUAAAGUUAAAACGGGAAGCAGCAUGGAAACGGCUGGAGGAAAUCGCAGCAAUGAAAGCUAGUAGUAACGAGCCAGUGCUCGUCCCCUUAAAGACCAGCGCUAACACCGCCCCUACCGGCUAGAAGAUCUAUGGUGGUGUAAGCUCAUAUUGCACAAUGCUAUUAUGUGACGUAUGCAGAUGCGCGCCAAUGUUGAUGGUGAUGUUCUCUCUCUCUCUCUCUCUCCAUAUAUAUAUAUAUAUAUCUAUAUCUGGGGCAGGUAGAGGGGGCAUUGCUAUAAAAAUAGAUAGUGUACAUAUCGAAAGAAUUGGGUUGGGUCGGAGGAGGUUUUUAGUAUGCAGUGAGAUGGGAAAUUAGGCCCCCUAUCCUAUACUAUACUAUACUAUAUAUCCUAUCCUAUAAUGUGUUGUUGUUUUUGUUCAUUGUUAUACUCUUGUUGUUAGAAUGAUGUGGAAAUUUUUGUUGGGAUUUUUUGGUGGUGCUGGCUUGGCUUUGAAUAUGUGUGUGCAAUAUCUGCUUGGCUUAGCAUGGCAGGAAUAAUCUUGAUUUUUAUGGUACUGAGGUUUAGUUGAUUCGUUUUUUACUGUAUGAUCUCAUCUUGAUUUUUUAUCCUCUCUGUCUGUGGUUUGUCUUCUCUGAGCUGUUUACCAGUUGGUUUUUGGUGAUGUUUUUCAACCGGCUGUGUUAUGACAUGCUCCUACGAGUGCUCCACCCUCUUGUAUCUUGAUUACUCUCUUCAUUCUAGACAAAUUAUUGUGCUGCUGAUAUACAUACUUUUAAUUAA